CGUAAAGCAGCAUGGCGCUUCAGCACACAUGUAGGUUCAGCGAGCGGGAUUAGAACUAAACUGUUAAUAAUGAAGGAGGUUAAUAAUAACAACCGGUUUAUCUGCUCCUUUCCGGACUGUCAGGCUUCCUACGAUAAAGAAUGGAAACUCGAUGCUCAUCUGUGUAAACACACCGGAGUGAGGCCGUUUGAAUGUGAAUAUGAAGGCUGUAAUAAAUCAUUCUGCACCAAAUCUCAUCUUGCUCGUCAUCAGCUCACCCACAGUGGAGAGAAACCCUACAGGUGUGUUGAGGAUGGAUGCACUGAAAGUUUCACCACCAACUCCAACUUGAAGAAGCACAUCUCACGCAAACACAGGCAGGAACUGAAGCUCUACACAUGCACUUACGAGGGAUGUGGAAAAUCCUUCAAGAAGAACAACCUGCUGAAGUCGCAUGAAAGUCUUCACACCCACCACCUUCCCUACGAAUGUUCGUAUGAAGGAUGCGAUCGACGGUUUGCGAACCCCAGCAAACGGAAGCGUCACGAGAAAGUCCACCAGGGUUAUCCGUGUCCGGCUGAUGGUUGCUCGUUUGUCGGUAAGAACUGGACCGAACUCACCAAACAUCGUAAAGAACACGUAGUGAGGGUGCAGUGUGAGGAGUGUAAGAAGACGUUUCGGGAUCGCUGGUUCCUGAAGCAGCACCAGAGGGUUCACGCCGAAUCCCGGCAGGUCUUCGCCUGUCCGAGGGAGGGCUGCACUCGAUCCUACACCACGGCCUUCAACCUACAGAGCCACAUCCUGUCCGUCCACGAGCAGGAACGAUCGUUCACCUGCACCCAACCCGGCUGUGGGAAAAGCUUCUCCAUGAAGCAAAGUUUACAGCGGCACUGUGUGGCCCACGAUCCUGAGCGGAAGAAACAGAAGAAACAUCGACCCACCAGAUCUUUGGCUUCUCGACUGAGCGGCUACAAAGCACCCAAAGAACCCAAACCAGAAUCUUCUGCUCCUGCUUCUCCUGCCCUCUCAGCGACCAGCCAGCCGGAACGAUCAGAAACUGCCCACGAGGACGAUCACACCAGCGUGUCAGAACCUCUCGUACAUGAUCACUGUACGAUUGCAGCACCAGCACCAGCACCAGCACCAGAUGAUGAAGCGACGACGUCAGCACGACUUCCAGGGAGCGACGAUCCCGAUCCAACAGACAUGGAGCAAACGGUCAUACUCAUAUUAGAACCGCUCAUGCUGGUCAAUCCGACUGCCGACCAAUCGGAACUCGGCAUCGUAACGAACAGCCGAUCGGAGUGCAUGGACGUGGGACUAUAAGAGUUUACGUUUAGAUCUGAUGUUUGUGAGUUCAGUCCUGGUUCGUUCUGAAGAAGUAAAACAAUAAAUGUGUGAGUUGUGCACGAGAACCAGGACUGAGGAACACAGGUUUGAAUUCUGUUUACACAGCAGGAGUCUGUGACGUUUCAUUUAAUUAUUAAUUAAAUAAAAGGUGUUCACUGGUA